AUGAGGUUGAUCUACUUGUGUGUAAUAGUGGGUGUGGUGAUGGGGAGAGAUGAGAAGGUGUCCAUCCCUCAUAUGUACAUCAAGUUGGUGAUGGAUUUUGACAAGGUUCGGAAGUUCCAUUGGGGUCUUCACUCGUAUGAUUUCCUGUUGAGUUCGAUUGAGAAGGCAAUGAAGAAGUUGGGUAAGAAGGAGAGCUACAUUUUCGAGGGUUUCUCCUAUGCUCUCCAGAUUUGGAUUAUGGAGGCAAUUCCUGAUUUUGGAGAAAUAUUAGGCAGAAGAGUCUCAGACAGCUUCAAAGGUCCAAGGUGUGGCAAUUGGAAAGGAGUUGCAAAAGAUAACUUCUUCUCGGUCAUAUCAGUGACUGGUAAUGGUGAUGUGUUUCUAGAUGCUCAGUACACAAGGGAGGGUGAGAUGGAAGAUGAACGAGUGGACCUUGUUUUGGGGAGGAUCAGGAACAAGUAUGAUUGGAGCAACACAGACUGGCCAGUUUUAGACCCUGAAGAGUCUAAAAUGGAGGAACCGACAGCCAUGAUAGAGGGUCAGAAGCUGAUAAGAUCGUGGAUCAUACGGAUGUUGUAG